GACGAAGAUCCCAAGACCCCAAGCCCCCCUAAGAUGCCCGCGACCAACCAGUUGGAGGCGUGGCGCGUCACCCAGAGACCUGGUGCGCAUAAGCUAUUUCAGGCUAGAGUCACGAGCACCACUGCAAACUUAACGCCGUCCCCCAUCGCCCCGCCCCCCCAAAAGCCAAGAAGAGGCACAGACCAGACAGGUUGCCUCCCGGCGCCGAGUUGCUCACCCCUUCGUCCAAAACAUAACCACGUUCUUCCGGGUGGCGUGGCUUUUCUCGAUCGACUCCUUCGCCUGCCGCAACUCUUAUCCUUUGUAUAUCUUCUUCUCUUUCUCUUUCUUUUUUGCUCUCAUCCUCCAUAUACCCUCUACGCCUUCCGACCGACGAAAGACCGUUCGUCAUCAGAUCGACUAUCAUCUGUCGCAUUGCGCUUAACCGAAAGGCAAUCUUAUCACCCCCCGACACCGACGUUGUUAGCCGAGAGGACAAGUAAUCUCUCUCGACACCGCACACACACUCUCUCUCUUUUCGACCUUCGACAUUUGAACGCGCCUCGCCCGUUCUCCCUUCUUGUAACCGCAAAUAUCACCAAAGCAGCACAUCACACAAUGGCCGAUCACGAUAAGCCCCCCGCGUACGGCGGCCCUCCCCCCCAGCAACCCCAACAAUCAUACCAGGGCUACGCGUCGCCUCCUCCUCCCGGCGGCCCCGGAGGCUACGGCCCUCCUCCGCCGGGCCCUUACUACUCUCCCGGCCCGGAGAUGGGAUACGGCCCUCAGGGCGGCCCCUACCCGCCCCCCGGCCAGUACCCUCCGGGACAGUACCCUCCCCAGGCGUACUACGGCCCGCCGGGCGGACCGCAGGGCCCGUACCCGCCGCAGGGCGGCUACUACCAGGACAACCGCGGCGGUGGCGGAAGCGGCAUCAUGGCCGGUCUUCUCGGUGCGCUCGCGUGCUGCUGCUGUCUUGACUGCUUGUUCUAAGCGAGCGCGUGCGUCGAAGAAACAACGAAGGCGGAGUGCGGAUUACCAAUGAUACCCGAACCCUCGAAAGGGCGACAGAGUCUACGAGAAACCGAGAAAGCCUGAUCGGGAUGAGCGAGACAAGAGGAAGGGAAGGGAUCGAUAUGGCUUGGGACUUGUUCGAUGCUGAGACACGCGGCAUAUAAGCAGAUGUUUUUCUCGGCCUUGCGCGGCAAGGUCGGCAUGUAUACGACAGAACCAGCCGGCAAACUUUGGG